AUGGCUCCCUUUGGCAAGAUCUACUCGUACCCAGACAACCCGCGCACGACCGCCAUCCUCGCCGUCGCCAAGGCCAACAAGCUCGAGCUCGAGCAGGUCCACACCGAGCCCGCCAAGGGGGUGAGCGACGACUACCGCCUCCUCAACAAGCUCGGCAAGGUCCCCACCUUCCAGGGCGCUGACGGCUAUGUGCUCAAUGAGUGCAUGGCCAUUGCCAUCUACAUCACCUCGCAAAACGAGAAGACAACCCUCCUCGGCAAGACCAAGCAAGACUACGCCUCCAUCCUCCGCUGGAUGUCCUUUGCCAACACCGAACUCCUCCCCCAGCUCGGCAAAUGGUUCCGCCCUUUGAUCGGCCGUGACCCCUACAACAAGAAGAACGUCGAGGAGGGCCAAAAAGCCACCGAGCUCAACGUCAAGGUCCUCGAGGACCACCUCCUCGUCAACACCUACCUCGUCUCCGAGCGCUUCACCCUCGCCGACCUCUUCACCGCCAGCAUCAUCAGCCGCGGCUUCCAAUUCUUCUUCGACAAGGAGUGGAGGAAUGCUCACCCCAGCUUGACGAGAUGGUUUGACACCGUCCGCAACCAGGAGAUCUACAGUGCCGUUGCCAGUAAGCUCGAUUUCAUCGAGAAGGCCAUCCCCAACACGCCUCCCAAGAAGGAGGAGAAGCCCAAGGCUGAGCAGGCCAAGAAGGAGCAGCCGAAGAAGCAGGAGAAGAAGAAGGAUGUCGAGGAUGAUGAUGAGGAGGAGGAGGACAAGCCGGCGCCCAAGCCCAAGCACCCGCUCGAGGCCCUCCCCCGCGCUACCUUUGUGCUCGAUGAUUGGAAGCGCAAAUACUCCAACGAGGAAACGCGCGAAGUCGCCCUCCCCUGGUUCUGGGAAAACUGCAAGUUCGACGAAUACAGCAUCUACGCCGUCGACUACAAGUACAACGACGAACUAACCAUGACCUUCAUGACCUCCAACCUCAUCGGCGGCUUCUUCGCCCGCCUCGAGGGCUCCCGCAAGUACCUCUUCGGCGCCACCUCCGUCUACGGCGUCACCAACGACAGUAUCGUCAAAGGUGCUUUCGUGGUCCGGGGUCAGGAGGCCCAGCCUGCGUUCGAUGUGGCGCCUGAUGUCGAUUCGUAUGAUUUCAGGAAGUUGGAUCCCACGAGUAAGGAGGACAGGGCGUUUGUGGAUGAUAUGUGGAGUUGGGAUAAGCCGGUUGAGGUUGGCGGGAAGAAGUAUGAGUGGGCGGAUGGGAAGGUGUUUAAGUAG